AGGCAGAGAAGGCAAAUUAACAACGUUCAGCGACAAUAACAUGACAACAAUGGCCAAGUCUUCCUAUGUUCUUCUGAUCACCUUUUCCUUCUCCAUCACAGCUAUCAUCAUCUCAGCCUCCACCACCACCUUUGCAGACAUCACAAGCAUUGAUAACCGCUUGAGCUGGGUGCCGGAGCUAAGCUGCCAAGGUUCCAUCGCCGAGUGCAUGGCUGCAGACGAUGAACACGACAUGGAUACAGAGAUCAACAGGCGCAUCUUGGCCACCACCCAGACCAUAAGCUAUGGGGCUCUGCAAAGGAACACUGUGCCAUGCUCUCAAAGGGGUGCAUCCUACUACAACUGCCAGUCAAGUGCCGAGGCUAACCCCUACAGCCGUGGUUGCAGUGCCAUCACCCGUUGCCGCAGCUAAAAGCUAUUUUGUCUACUUUUUCUUUUCUAGAAAUGUUGUUCAUCAUCUCUUAAAUUUCUGAUAAAAUUUAAGAUGCAUAAUAACAUUGCUGUUUUCGGCCUUGUGUUGGGUGCUAGUUUGAUUUCAAACAAUAUGUG